CCAUUGCAGGAAACGUUUGAUGGGUGGAAGUCAACAUCACGAACGCUUGGCGAAACUCAGGAAGCUAGAAAACGAUCAAUUAAAAAUUACUGCCAGAAACAUUCAUCCAACAGAAGACUAACCGACCAAGAACUUAGAUUUGUGAUCGUGGAAGAUGCACAUAAAAUCAUUUUCUGUUCCAUUCCGAAAGUGGCUUCCACAACGUGGAAAAGGGUGUUGGCAGAUCUUCAGGGACUCAAACAAGGAAUAUAUGUUCACCAAGCAAGGUUAUGGCGUCGCCUUGGAGAAUACAGUGAGGAAGGACAGUCACAUCGACUUAAGAACUAUUUCAAGUUUAUGUUUGUUCGGGAGCCACUGCAUCGGAUCCUUUCUGCUUACAAAGACAAGUUCAUCGGGAAGAAUCGUGACUUUAGCAAAAAUAUUCGAAAAAUGAUCGUAAAUAGCCUUCGUUCUGAGAAUUCUGUCGAGUAUGGGCAGGAUAUGAAGGUGUUUUCGCGGAAGCCAUCAUUUGAUAAAGAUAACAAUGUGAGUUUUCCUGAGUUCAUCCGGUAUUACUCCGCAGACAUACCACGCAACCCACACUGGCGGCAAUUUAAAGACCUGUGCCAUCCCUGUUUCAUUGAUUACGAUGUCAUCGGUAAUUUAGAGACCUUGGCAGAAGACGCCACCCUUGUGUUAAAAAUGGCGGGAAUUGACGACUAUGUAAAUUUCCCGCCGAUACACAACGCCACUGGCUCACGUGAUAUGGAACAUUAUUAUUCUCAAGUUCCCCAUGAAGACGUAGUAAGGCUUGCAGAGUUAUAUCGAGAUGACUAUAAACUUUUCGGGUAUGAAUUUCUUGGUCCUGUGAAGCAUUUACUAAAUCAGUCUUCGAAUAUCGGUGUUUGA